GUUUAGCGUUGCAAGAUGACACAACUGUCAUCGGAAAAUCGUGCGUGUUUUUCGUUUAAAUAAAUUCGUUUUUUCGCUCCGACACCCCCUCCCAUGUUCUGGUGCUUCAAUUUAAAAGAACAUCCAAACCAACCAGUGCAAUCACAUCCACCUCCAUAAAAGCUGUACCGUGCUUGUAUUUUUGAAAGUGAAAGUACUUAAGUGUAAUUUGAUUGGAAUUGUCGAUACUUACCGUUUGUGAUCUCAGUUAUUUUGUAUAUUUUGACUACCCCAAUGUUAUUGCCCUCGGCCAUUCGUGUCAAAGUUUUAAGUGAAUUUUCACUUGUGUAUCUGUAAGCUUGUUUUCGGCAUCGCGUAUAUUAAUAUAAUUAUUGAUUAAAUAAACUGCUGACCAAAGUGAGUGCAAAUAUCGCAAAGACGCGCAAAACAUUUGGUUCCUGUAGCUAAAUUGUAUCUUAAACAGUAUACCAUUCUUGUGGACAGUAUGGAUUUUACGAAAUUCAUGAAUAAAUUUAACGAAGUUGAACGCUCACUUUCACCAACAUCUUCAUUACGUCUAAACUUUGACAACAUCUCACCGGAAAGUGAGGAACCGGAGGAGAAUAAACGCCUCUGGGGUGUGCCCGUGCCACCAUUUGUGUCCGAUAAAGUCGUCUCUUGGAUUGAAGAAGAGUUUAAUGAGCCGCCUAUUUAUUAUAACGGCAACGCUGUGAUUCGAAAGGUGGAAAAUGUGCGAAUGAUCGACCGCUACAAUGCCAAAAAUCCCACCGUCGGCACACUCUACUUGACGGCAACUCAUUUGAUCUUCGUUGAACCGGAUAGCAAUAAAGAAACAUGGAUCUUACAUAUGCACAUAGCAAACAUUGAGAAGCUACCCCUGAGUACAACCGGUUCACCACUAUUGAUACGCUGCAAAACUUUCCUAUCGGUGACAUUUGUGAUUCCAAAGGACUCUGAGUGUCACGAUGUGUACACAUCGUUAAUGAAGCUCUAUCAACCUGUUUCCAUUAACAAGCUAUACUGCUUCAACUAUCAGCCAGCCAAAGACGAUUUCCCGAAGACGUCAGGUUGGGACUUCUUCAAAUUGGAGAGUGAAUUCAAGCGUAUGCGUGUGCCGAACGAAAUUUGGACGUUGUGCACCUUGAAUAUGAAUUAUGAGCUAUGCGACACGUAUCCGCGGCACAUCUACGUGCCACAGGAGGCCAACACAGCCAUGUUGAUAGGCAGUUCACGUUUUCGCUCCAAAGGUCGUUUGCCGGCGCUUACCUAUUUGCACUCGAAUAAGGCAUCCAUCUGUCGGUGUAGCCAGCCGUUAUCGGGUUUCAGUGCUCGCUGUUUGGAGGAUGAGCAGAUGCUGGAGGCGGUACGCAAAACAAAUCCAAACACCGACUAUAUGUACGUUGUGGACACUCGACCCCGGAUAAACGCAAUGGCUAACCGUGCCGCUGGCAAAGGCUACGAGAACGAAGCUUUUUAUGAGAACAUCAAGUUUCAUUUCCUCGGCAUUGAAAACAUACACGUACAGCGCACCAGUUUGCAGAAAUUGAUUGAGGCUUGUGAGCAGAAGACACCCACAAUGAGCGGAUUUCUUAAUUCCUUGGAAUCAUCUGGUUGGCUGAAAAAUAUUCGCUCCAUUUUGGAUACUUCCAGCUUUAUUGCGAAUGCGGUCGAUAAAGGUGUGUCGGUAGUAGUUCACUGCUCGGACGGAUGGGAUCGCACAGCACAGGUUUGCUCAUUAGCUGCGUUGAUGUUGGAUCCCUAUUACAGAACUAUUAAGGGAUUCCAAGCAUUGAUUGAAAAGGACUGGCUCGCCUUCGGACAUAAAUUCAGCGAGCGCUGUGGCCACGUGCAAACUGAUCCGCGUGAGGUCUCACCAAUUUUCACACAAUUUCUGGAUUGCACUUGGCAGCUGAUGACCCAGCGCAGUGAUGCUUUUGAAUUCAAUGAGCGCUUCCUGCUGAUACUGCACGAUCACGUGCACUCAUGCCAGUUUGGCACAUUUGUCGGCAAUUGCGAAAAGGAUCGUCUGGAUUUGAAACUAUCAGAACGCACAUUCUCCCUAUGGGGCUUCAUGGCCAAUCACUUGAACGAGUAUAUUAACCCGCUUUAUAAGCCCGAUGUCGAUAAAACUAUUAAACCCAAUCUGCAGCCGCAAUGCAUCAAAUUCUGGCGUGGCAUGUUCAGUCGUUUCGAAAGUGGUGUACAUCCGCGUGAACCGCUUAGCGACUUGUUGCUUGUGAGCAAGGAUCACUGUACCUCAUUGGAGGAUCACGUGCAGCAUUUAACAAAGCGCAUUGCAAGCUUCAAAAACUAUAUUUCCAAAUCCGCAAAGAAGUUGCAAGAUGCCACCGCUAAAUCGUAUAAGGAGCCCGUCUCAGAGAUCAAUGACAACAAGUACAACUACGACAAAAAGAUGAGCGAACUCUCCUCAGCGGAUGACGAUCAUCCGCUUAAGCCAGCAGGCAUGUCUUUUGCAAAUCUCUCGUUGAAUGAGCGCAUUGACGCCACGAGCAUUAAGGAGGAGAUCAAUUCCGUAGCUGUGGACUGGAAGUCGAUGCGCAGCGUGACGUCUUGCUCAUGCUCAACACCAUUCGAUCAGUUCAGUAAGAAGACACAUUGCUGGAAGUGCGGCGAUAUCUUUUGCGAACGUUGCAUUGACAAGAGCAUCCCCUUGCCGGGGCAGGAUAGCGGGAAGCCGGUGCCGGUGUGUCGCACUUGCUUUCGGCUUGUGCAAAAGACCAGUCCAUGAACUCUCAAAUGAAGCUGAAGCUAAGUUUAACGCUAGAGCGAAUAUGAAAUAAGUAAAUAAAAAUCAACGGGUGUGUUUUGUGUAAUGAAUGUUGCUUAUUUAGUCGACGAGACUGCUGUGUAGCUUAGUAAGAAUGCAUGUUUGUGAAGAUAGUUGAGUAUUAGGCAAUUAAACGAGUCGUAAUCAAGGCGUGAAAGUACAAGCAUAUUUAAAGCAUAACAAUAUAAAUUACUAAACAAAAGUUGAUGUUGAAGUUGAAGAGCAGCGCAAAUAUCGUUUAAACUGAAGAAAAAUAUAAAGCACAUUUGAAUUUUGAAGUUUGUUGCAUUUUUAGAUUACCCCAAUACCAACAAGUAUAUAAAUUAGAAACAAUAUGAAAACAAGUAUUCUCUGUUCGAAAUGUUCGACUUAAAUGUGCUAAAUAUAUACACAUACAUAUAUAUAUAUAUAUAUAUAUUGCAAAAGUAGUACCAUAAACCAAGCAAGACCAUAACACACCCUAUACCCGGCAAAAUGAGUAUGUGACAAUUAGAAAUAAGAACCCAAGUGCUCUCUAAUACCAAUACUAAAAAUUGUAUGUACAAUAAAUGUAUUUUCAGUUGAUUACGUUGGGUUCUACGUGAGUGAGGUUGAUUUUAAAAUGUUUUACCUUUUUUGUUUUUAAGUCUUCCAGUAACAUUCGAACAUAUGUGGAGAAAUACGCAGUUUUUAAGUAUUCAUAUUCUCUUAUAAACACCUUCGGCAUUCCUGUAUCUAUUUGCAAAUCAGCGCUCAACACACCUGUAGUCUGAUCUCUUUGUUAUGGGAUUUCGAAAAGCUUUUAGAUUCUCCUCUUUAAAGAACUCAACACUAGCUUAAGCAUAAGUGCACAAUUUUGUUGAUAACGGUACGUUUUCGUGUAACCGCUAUUAUUUUGAAUUCGAAUAUAAAUAUCGUGUAUAGUUCUAGUACUUUUAAUUUUCCCCUCCGAGUUUGACU